AUGUUCCUGUUGUUGUUGUUCGGUUUCUUUUGGGGCGUUUCGAUAUCGGAGCCGUUGAUGAGGAACUGCGAGCCGAUUCGCGUCGACAUGUGCGUCAUGUGGUACAAUUCGACGAGCAUGCCGAACCUCGGCGGCAACGACAUCCAACAGGAGGCCGAUCUGCAGCUGCAAUCGUUCUCGCCGCUGAUCCAGUACGGCUGCAGCCAGAACCUGAAGCUGUUCCUGUGCUCCGUGUACGUGCCCAUGUGCACCGAGAAGGUAUCCAAUCCCAUCGGGCCGUGCCGAGGGCUCUGCGAGGGCGUCAGGUCGCGCUGCUACCCCGUCCUGCAGGGCUUCGGGUUCCCCUGGCCGGACGCGUUGAACUGCUCGCGGUUUCCCGAAGUCAACAAUCACGAGCACAUGUGCAUCGAAGGGCCCAAGGACGAGAUUGAUGUUAGGGCGCCGGUCGAUCCGGCCGUUCGGAAAUUCGAUUGCGAAAUUCGAAAGGACGGAGAGGGCUGCUCGCCCGGCUGCAAUAACAACGUCGUUUUCGACGAAUCCGAGAAAAAAUUCGCCGAGGUUUGGGCGACGGUUUGGGCCUUCAUAUGCCUCAUAAUCAGCUUGGGGGCGGCUCUAACUCUCACCGUCGGAGGCGGCCGGGUGAAGGCCCGUCCGCUGCUGAGCCUGGCUUUGUGCUACGUGAUGAUGAGCGCCGGCUGGACUUUGAGGAUGUUCGCGGGCAGGAUGUCGACGUCUUGUCCCAAAUUGCCCGAAGACGGUUUGUCGAAUAUUAAUUGCGCCUUCGUGUUCCUGCUGUUGUACUACUUCGGAAUGGCGGCCAACGCUUGGUGGGUCGCCCUGUGCGCCUGGUGGUUAGCCAGGGUGGGUCUCUCCUGGCCCCCCGAAAAGAUGAGAAGUUUGAGCUCCAUACUCCACGUGUGCGCUUGGGCUCUACCUGCCACUCAAACUGUCGCUGCUCUAGUUAGAAGAGACGUUGAUACCGACGAAUUGACAGGAACUUGCUAUAUCGGCAACAGAAACUCCACCACACUCCUAUCGUUGGUGUUGAUACCGUAUUGCCUGUACUUCCUGUGCGGUUCGGCGUUGUUGUUCCUGGGCUGCAGCUACGUGAUGAGGAAACCGCGUUCGCUGGCGGCGGCGCCGCUGACGAACGCCGCGCCGCGCAAAGAGAGCGAUUUUCUGGGCGCCAUUUGCACGCUGUACGCCAUACCGACGUUCUGCGUGCUGGCGAGCGUUUAUUACGAGUACAACAACAGGGACAUGUGGCUGUCGGGCGAGAGGAAACCCGCCCUGUGGGCGUUCCUGUUGAAGUACUUCAUGAGCUUGUUUAUAGGAGUCAGCAGCGUGUUUUGGAUUUGGUCGAUGAAGAGCGUGACGGCUUGGAGAGCGGUGCUGAGGCGUUUGGGGCCGCGCAAACAGGCGCCUUUGAAGGUGCAAACGAUGCCACAGGUGAUGAGGUACAUGCCGGCGCAGACUUUGUCUACCAGUUUGAGUACCACCGCGUCGAAGCAUUCGUUGAGGCCGCAUCCGCACAGGAAGCCGAGAGUGCACCAUUUGAGAUCUGGGAGCGAGACUGUAAUAUAA